AUGGCCGAAGCUUGCAGCGCCAAUUUAGGCAGGGGCAGUGAGAAAAGAAGGCCUGAGGGGUCGUCCCCGGAAUCUGUGACUACCGGUACUACCAUUUCGAGGGUGAAGCUCCUUGACACCAUGGUAGACACAUUUCUCCAGAAGCUGGUCGCCGCCGGGAGCUAUCAGAGAUUUACUGACUGUUACAAGCGCUUCUACCAGCUGCAGCCGGAGAUGACACAGCGAAUCUAUGACAAGUUUAUAACUCAGUUGCAGACAUCCAUUUGGGAAGAAAUCUCCGAAAUCAAAGAGGAGGGGAACCUAGAAGCUGUCUUGAAUACCUUGGAUAAAAUUGUGGAAGAAGGCAAAGACCGCAAGGAACCAGCCUGGCGCCCUAGUGGGAUCCCAAAGGAAGACCUUUGCAGGGCCAUGGCACCCUACUUCCUGCAGCAACGGGACACCCUGCAGCACCGUGUGCAGAAACAGGAGGCUGAAAACCGGCAGCUGGCUGAUGCUGUCCUGGCUGGACGCAGGCAGGUAGAGGAGCUUCAGCUGCAGGUCCAGGCCCAACAGCAGGCCUGGCAGGCUCUACACAGAGAACAGAGGGAGCUGGUGGCUGUGCUGAGGGAGCCUGAAUGAAGAGGAAGUGGCCAGGCCCAGAAGCAGAGGGCAGUUGAGGUGGAGGGCCCAUGGUCCAGCAUGCUGGGCCUGGGUGAGCAGUCCCUAAGCAGUGAUGGAAGUCGCUGGAGAACCAGGCCAGAUCAAGCCCCACUGCCCCGCCACUGUGUCUUUGGGGCUCCCUGGGGGUUGGUCACACAUACACUACCUUCAGAUUCCUCCCUGUUUUCUUCUAACUGGAGGAUUAAUGGCCAGCUCCCACUCUGGGAAUCAGGUACCGUGUUUUCUCUCUAGGCUCAGGCCAACACCACCCAAUCCCCCCGCCUGCUGUUUCUGAGCCUCUCUAGAACCUGGCUUGGGGAAUCUGUUUUUAAUCUCCACUGAUUGCCCCCUUGCUGGCCAGCCAAGGGCCCUCACCAUGUUCUCCCCACAUCCAUAAAUAAACUUCCUCUACUACA